AUAAAAUGUAGUAACGAAUUUCGUGUUUACAAAUAAAUUAAUUUAAACAAAUAUAAAUGUGCUCAAAGAGUUCGGAAGACUUUUGGAAUACUAGUUCAUCGUCUGCUUUUAAUUUUGACGAUGACGAAGAUGAUAUAUCGCAACAAGACUACGUCUUUUCCUCAAUCCCAGAAGAAAAUUGUGUGCUCUCUAUUCAUUCCAUUAUAUCUAAAACUUGUUUGGAUUUCCUUUUAGAUGACUUGAAGUCAACAUACGAAUAUGUUGUGCCCCCUGUUGAGGAGGCUGUACGAAAAAUGCUUACAGGUCAAAAAUACCCUCUGGAAGUCUAUAAGAACUUUUCGGAUAAGUUAAAGCUGUUAGAUUGUGCUUUAGAAUCGAUGGACGGAAACAUAAUAAUUAACGUUAUACUCUUUCUAAAAGCGACUUUAAAGUCGAACAUAUUUUACCAUCAGUUGGCUGAAAGGAAAUCAGCAAUCAAACAUUAUGCCAAUCACUUAAUUGUUAAUAAUCAUUAUUCCGAAUUACCGGAUUUAUAUAUGUUUACAGGUCUUACUUUUAACAUGAAGCAACUCUAUUAUUUAAUCGGUCGUGAUGUUAAAAAUAAGGAGAGUCUAUUGAAAAAAUUGGACACGUUUACAGUAGAACAUUUGCAAAAAAUUAGCAGCAAUGACAAGCAAGAAAUUUCUGAUAAUUUGCUAUUUUUACGUAAGCCAUUUUUCCCAUUAAACUACAUGAAUACGUGCUAUUUUUUUGUAGAAUGGCAAGCCGAACGGAAAGAAAAUUGCAAUUCCGUAAUAGAACAAUUAGCAGCCCUUUGUAAAAGCGAAUGGGAAAGGGAUAAGUCCUCAAACGAGGCCGUUUUCGCGUUCAAAAAGAAAUUGAGAAUCGACGAUUUUGCUUUCGAAUGGACCAUAAUGAACGUUUUAGCUUCUUUAAAAUUGUGGACGCAAUUGAAUGAACAGUUUAUGAAAUCCACGUGGUUAACGAAGAAGAAAACUGUUAUUCCAGCCGAGGUGUUCAUUUAUGGAUUGAGCAGGCACGAUCCACCAAAGGAAAUCCUUGAAUUGUACUUACCUUGGAUAUCCGAUAACGAGCGCAGUCUGUCCUUGGCACAGAAGAUGAAUUGUCACAAGUUCGUUAUUCAACAUCAUAUUAAAGAAAGGGACAGGUUAGCUCUUAUAUUGUACAAAUCGAAGAUAACGCCUCAAAGUCAAGAGUUUUUUUUAAUCGAAAGCGCCCUGCAAUCUACUGAGAAGAAAUGGAAAAAUUGAAAAACAUUGCCUUACAUUUUACCUCGAAUAUGCCUGUUAUAUCUACUCAUUCUAACUCUAGUUAAUAGAGUCUAGAUAGAAACAUUCUAGAUAAAUAAAUAAACACAUUUAUUUCAUUAUUUAGUAGGAAAGAAUAAUACUGAUAAUUUUUACAUGUAUUGUCUGUAAUAAUAUUACUAAGAUCUAUUUAUACUACACUAGUAAAAAAUAAAUAAUACAAAAAAUUACACAAACUGUAGGUAAAAAGUCAAUUAUGUAUACAUAUAUUUUAUCUAUAAAUUCAGGAACUAAUUGUUUAAAUUUUUAUUUAAUGCCAUAGUUAAUUUAAUAUAUCUGUAAAUGUACAACGUAUUGAUACAGCACAUUUAUCAAAAUAAUUC